GGGCGCGUCACGGAGCGCGGGAAGGACGAAAAUGGCGGCGGCGAUCGGCGGAUGAGGGGGGGCCGCCAGCCGAGCCGUGACUCCUGCAGAGCUUCCCCCAGGACCCUCGUUCCCUGAGGGACCCCUCCUGCACCGCCGCUUUUGGGGUCUCUGCAGCGGGGAUCCCACCAUGGAAGAGGUGGAUUCCCGCUUCCUGCACCUGCUGCAGCCCAUCCGUGACCUCACCAAGAACUGGGAGGUGGACGUGGCUGCCCAGCUCGGGGAGUACCUGGAGGAGCUGGACCAGGUCUGCAUUUCCUUCGACAACGGCAAAACCACCAUGAACUUCAUGGAGGCAGCGCUGCUGAUCCAGGGCUCUGCCUGCAUCUACAGCAGGAAGGUGGAAUACCUGUACAUGCUGGUCUGCCAGACACUGGACUGCAUCUCCAACAAAAAGAGGGAGAAGCUCCCCACUUCCCUGGGCCCCGACGGCCGCGAUGCCGACGCCACCUUCACGGACAAGCAGGAGGAGUUCCUGUCCCUGGAUGACAUCCCAGAAACCAGCCAGGCCAGCGUGGACAUGAGGAGGGACCAGCAGUCUGCUGCCGUGAACAUCGUUCCCCUGACCCCGAUGGCCCUGGUGCCCCCGGAAGAGGGGGAGAAGAAGGAAAACCCCCUCCUGAGCCGGCGGGGCGAGGUGCUGGCGAGCCGCAAGGAUUUCCGCAUGAACACCUCCACCCCGCACGCCUCCGGCGCCUUCCUGCUGGAGCUGGCCGGGCUCUCCCCCACGCACCCGCAGCAGCAGGAGCAGCGCCUGGCGACGGCCACAGCGGCUCCGGGAUCCGGCCCCGCGCAGCGUCCGAGCGCCGGCGCGGCCCUGGUGCGGGCACUGAGCUUCUGCGAGGAGGCAGGCGCUGCGGAACCUGACGAUGACGACGUUCCCGGGGCGCUGGGGGAUGACAUGGAAGUGACCCCGGUCCCUAUCGAACACAUCGAGGCUCAGAGGAGCACGCCCCGGACCCGGGGGUACAUCCUUCGGGAGAGACCCCCCAGCCAGGAGCCCAAAGCCCUCAGCAAGGAGGAGCCCAAUCCAUGGCAGAGCCUCGACCCCUUCGGAGACUCCGAGGAGAAGCCCUUCAGGAAAGGGAGGCCCUUCCUGGUGCCACACGGCCUGGAUGACACGGUUGGAGGCAAGAGGAAGAGGAGGGGCCCGAGGAAGCUCCAGGAUUUCACGAGAUGGUUCUCGGCAGCCUACAACAACGUCACGGAGGGCCGGAAAAGCAGGAGGAAGGGCCCCACCUUUGCAGACCUGGAGGUGCUGUACUGGCGGCAGUUCAAGGAGCGGCUGGCGGCGCAAAGGAAGCUCCACAGCCGGGGGGAGCCGCUGAGGGAGCUGGAGCCAGAGCUGGAGCAGGAGCGCGGGGUCGACAGCGAGGAAGGGGCAGAUGAUGAUUUUGUGGAGCAUGAGGACAUGGAGCCUGAGGCGCCAGAGGAGCUGGAGGAAGGAGCCCUGGACCCCCCUGAACCCGGCUACGAGGAGCUGGUGCGCAGGAACGUGGAGCUGUUCAUGGCCAGCUCCCAGAAGUUCGCGCAGGAGACGGAGCUGUCGCAGCGCAUCCGGCAGUGGGAGGAGCGCAUGGAGCCGCUGCUGCAGGAGCAGGAGACGCGUGUCCUGUUCGAUGUCUGAGCCUACAGGCUGGCACUGACCAGAGACAUUCCCUGUCCCUUUGCUGUCCCCCAGGAGACCCAUGCUCCAUUCCAUGUCCAUGGGUAGGGGCUGGCACUGACUGGUGGCACUCCCUGUCCCUUUGCUGUCCCCCAGGAGACGCGUGUCCUGUUCGAUGUCUGAGCCUACGGGCUGGCACUGACCAGAGGCAUUCCCUGUCCCUUUGCUGUCCCCCAGGAGACCCAUGCUCCAUUCCAUGUCCAUGGGUAGGGGCUGGCACUGACUGGUGGCACUCCCUGUCCCUUUGCUGUCCCCCAGGAGACGCGUGUCCUGUUCGAUGUCCAAGCCUACGGGCUGGCACUGACCAGAGACAUUCCCUGUCCCUUUGCUGUCCCCCAGGAGACCCAUGCUCCAUUCCAUGUCCAUGGGUAGGGGCUGGCACUGACUGGUGGCACUCCCUGUCCCUUUGCUGUCCCCCAGGAGACGCGUGUCCUGUUCGAUGUCUGAGCCUACGGGCUGGCACUGACCAGAGACAUUCCCUGUCCCUUUGCUGUCCCCCAGGAGACCCAUGCUCCAUUCCAUGUCCAUGGGUAGGGGCUGGCACUGACUGGUGACACUCCCUGUCCCCUCGCUGUCCCCCAGGAGACGUGUGUCUCGUUCAAUGUCCGAGCCUACGGGCUGGCACUGACCGGUGACACCCCCUGACACUCCCUGUC